AUGGUGGUUCCAAUCCCAGUGUUGAUGGUUGUUGGAAGGAUGACGAAUGCGGAGGCUCCAAGGUUGCUCUUAGGUAAGGAGGGCGGAGUAGCGCCGCUGCAAGCCUUAGGGGUCAUUCUUAUCAUCUUGGGGUUGCCGAGCUCCGCUUCGCCUUCUCCAUCCAACCUGAAUUCCACUCGCUCUCAUCCCUCGGCCAAUGAAGUGAACAUCCAGACAAAUGUCUUGACCUUGAGGCCAUGGCGUCAAAUUCAACUCUUCCUAUUCCUCUACCUCCCCAAACCCCCUCACCUCCGCUGGACAGUCACGAUCAGCAUAAGCGAACGAUUGAAAGUGGAUAUGGCCAAUAUGGGACCGACGAGCCCGACAAGCCCGUCUUUCGGCUCGUUCUCGAAACAUGCAUCCAAUACAAAUGCUGGGUCGGGGACUGUUGAGCCCAAUCCGUUCAACUUUCAGCCUAUGGCACUGGCAAAAUCGCCAGUUUUGAAAUCGAAUAUCGGUCAGCGACGUGGUCACAAAUACAAGCAUAGUAGCAUUUCGCAUCAGAUCUUUCUGGAACCACCACCUCGAGCUCCCCUAGCAUUGCCCGCAUCUUUACCGAUACCAACGCUCAAAGAAUGUCGAAGCAGCAUGUCCAAGGAUCAGAAAACGAGGUUUUGGUGGAGCGUAUGCCAUAUGUUGAUUGCUGGAUAUACAUUAUGGUCGGCACAUGGCUCUCUUGCUAUGACGGCACUUUCACAUCUUAUAUUGUUCGACUCUCUUGGUGCGUUGCUUUGUGUUAUAGUGGAUGUUCUGGGAAACUUCGAGGUGUGGAAACGGUCCAGCGUUCGUCAUCCAUUUGGACUGGAGCGAGCAGAAGUGCUGGCCGGUUUUGCUGCAUCUGUCUUGCUUGUAUUCAUGGGCAUGGAUCUGAUUUCUCAUAACCUACAACAUUGGCUUGAAGCUUCCCCGGGCCAUCAACCGCAUCAUUCGCAUGAACACGACCGGGUGUCAGCUGGGUCGGUGGACCUCACAGCGGUUCUCGCGAUCGGCUCAACUUUAGUUUCUGCCAUUGGGCUGAAGAAUCAUGCGCGUAUCGGCAAAUCAAUGCGGUUCGCAUACAUCGAAUCUCUUCCGUCUGUCCUUAGCAAUCCAUCCCACUUUCUCACGCUUUCAUGUUCUACCCUGCUGCUACUUUUGCCUUUACUCUCUGUUUCACUUUACAAUUGGUUAGACAAGGUAUUGUCUCUGUCUAUGGCUAUAUCUAUGUGCGUCCUCGGCUCACGUAUUGUGAAGACCUUGGGGUCCAUGUUGCUCAUGUCCUUCUCUGGCAAUGGCGUCAGUGAUGUGAUGCGAGAUAUUCAAGCCGACCCUGCUGUUACAGCAAUUGAUGAUGCUAGGUUCUGGCAAGUCCAUUACGGAUUAUGCAUGGCAAAUCUGAAGCUGAGGGUUACUGGUACUGAGGAAACAUUGAUCAAGCUUCGUGAGAAAAUCACAAGCUUGAUCAGAAAUCGACUAGGCGGGGGAUAUGGAUCGGGUGGUCAGAAGUGGGAAGUGACUCUACAGUUUGCUGUAGAUAGACCGUAA